AGAAAUUUAUGAUUGUGAGAGAAUCAAACAGUUCAUAAACUGAUUGUCUUCAAAAUGAAAAGUCAAACUUGUAGUUUUGUUGAUGAAGUCAGAACCCUUCGUGAAACAAAGUGGUUGCAGAUACCCCAAAGGUGCAAAUACAUUUUGACGCUUAGUGAGAAAAUAUGCUCACAAGCAUUUGUGAUUUUGCGGAAGAAGACACAACUAUUCUGCCAUGGCUUAAUUUCCUAUUCUCAGUCCUACAGUAGAUGUAACCGAAGAUUUGUAUCAAAGCAAAUGUUUGCCUGCUGAAAGUUUGAUCCUUUCUUGAUUUGUUUUAUUGUCGGUAAGUGAGGCAUGAUAGAUAUUCAAAUUUGUAGAUUGCUGACAGAGGGAAGGCAAUAGUUAUUUUCGUUCUGGUAUUCAUUCACUCAAACAUCUUUUUAGAUUUAUUUUUACACAACAUGCUAAGUGGCCAAUCAGAGAAAGUGAAAAAUUUUAUUUAAAUCACUCCAGUGCAUGAAGCAUGUGAAAAUUUACAUCCACUCUGUCACAUAGGUGGUAAAUUGAGAUUUUUAAGUGUAUUUUGAUAAUCAAACAAUUGAUUAUUGGAUUAAAAUUUUAAUUAGUUCUAGAAAUAACUUGCAUUAAUGAUAGUAAUAACAAUGGUUGCAGGUUAAAAAUUGCUACAGUGUAUGCUUUUUUUUUUUUGAAGAGGUAUGACUGUUUUGAAGCACUAUACACGGUGGUAAUUAGCCAGGAGUGAUUAGAGAAUCCUAAGGGUGGAGCUACUUUGUUUUCAGACAUGGACAACAUUCUCUUGUUACCUUAAACUGUUCUCCCUGCUUUUUCCUAAAGGAAACCAUGACAAUAUAGUCAUUGAAGGGAGAGCCAAGUUGUCUAGAAAAAUAACAAAAAGAGGAAAAUUAAAGCAAAGAAAAAGAAACAUUUAAAAAUGGUGGUUAUUUAUUUCUCUUUUUCUUUCUCUGCAUCAGGGUGUCACUGUUAUUGUGAAUGGCUAAUCUUUUUCUACAGGAGCAAUCAACAGCAAAUUUUCCAAACCCAACACUAAAUUUAACAUCCUUCAGAUUGAACCAUUUCAUCAGUGCAUUGAGAAGCAGACAACUUUUUUUUUUUCUCAAACUUUGAGGAGGAGCAAAAUCCAAUUUGGAAUAAUCUUCAAAUGUUAAACAAAAACAAAACCUUUCACAAAUAUUUAUUGUAACACAGUAUCUUAUUAAUUGUAUUUGUAAUAAAUAGUAUGAUUCUAAGAUAAAUAACUUUCAUGCAAAUAUAAAAGACAGUGUGGGUUUCUUUCAGUCAAUUUAAAACAGCUCCUUGAAGGAACUGAUCAGUGUCCUUGGGAAUGUUAAAUUUAUAUAUCUUUGGUGUCCCUUGAUGUUCUUCAGGAAUAAUAUCAGGCUAAAAUUAUGGCCAGAGGCCCCAGUUUAAAUGUCUAGUUGAUGAAAAUGUGUUCUGAUCUCUGAGGAACAUUGCUGUCCUUCUAUCUGGAAGCUUCAUACACACAAGUUUUGUGAAAAAUGGCAAAUGGUAGCUGAAAUACCAUUUAAUUAAUAUUUAAAAAGAGUGGAAAAGUUGUGAUAUUUUCUACAGUUAUGGUAACAUACAUUUGCUUAGUUUCAGGGUUUCAUACUCUAAUAAAUCUGGCAUAUAAAGAUAUUGUUGAAAUUAAUAAUUUUAAGGAGUUAUGAACAAAAGACUUAAAUGGAUUUUGGUAGGUAAACAACCGGUUGCAUUUGGUCAUGUUUAAUUUAUAAAACCUGUCAUCAUUUUGAAAUCCCUAGUUUCCCAUCUUUUUACCUCUCUUAUUCCUUUUUUGUUGUUCCAUCCUUUUCAUCCUUUCCCACUACUUCCUCUCUCACUAACUCCUAUAGUCAUAAAUUUGAUAAUGACUGUCCUUGCAUACUAGUUGAAAGGCAAGGAAUUAAUGAACUGAUAAAUAUCACUCAGUGUACUAAUUCACAGUUCAUGAGGUUCAAGUAAUACUUGAAAUUUUUGCAAGCUGAAGUGGAAAAGUUUAAGUAUUGGCUUUUCGUCUGCUCACAAUGUGCUGAAAAAGCAAAAAUUGCCUUGAAAUGUUGUUUCCUUUUUUUGUUGUAAGAAGGGCCCAGAAAAAUUUGUGCUUUAGUAUUUUUAUUUGUAAAUUAUAUGAAUAUUUUCUUUUCACAAUGCUGGACUGAAAGAUACUUGUAAACAACUUCUCAGAGUCAGACAGAACUUGACAUUUGUCUAACAUUUCAUUGAUCAAUUUACUGCUCACAGCUGCUUCUACAGCUAUGCCUGGGUCACGAGAACAUCCAAUCACUUUGAAUGAUGCAGAGGGCCAACAGGGUGAGAGUAACACUGUUACCCAGGCAAUGGUGCAGAACACAAUGCGGCAUAUGAGGCCUGCAAGGGAACCUCGUGGCCGUCAAGCUCAAGAGCAUCGCCCUGCUGUACACCAAAGAAACAACUAUGGUAACCAAAGGUAUUAUGAGAACAGGUAUCAUGGUAACCAUGGUAGCAAUGGUGGGGGUGGUGCUGGAUAUCGUUACAGCGGUAGUGAUUAUGAGCGGCAGCCUUACCAGCAUAACUACAUGCAUGGUCUUCCUGGGACUUAUUAUCCAGGUUAUGGCCAUUGCCAUUUGUGUGGUAAGUAUUUAUGAAGCUCAUUGCUGACAUGCAAUUUCUGCUUAUGAAUAUUUUUGCCAAUUAAAAGUUGUAAGAAACACACUUAACUUUCUGUCAGUUGACCAGCAUAAAGACCCAUUUGGGAUGCUGGGAGAACUUGGCAGGUUAUAAAUUAUGAUUUAAAAAUUUUUUCCAUGUUCUUCCAACAUCCCAAUUAGGUUAUUAGCACAGGUAACAACAUGAUUUUCAGUGCAAUUUGGUGUUAAUAUGCCCGAGUAAAUUUUUUAAUAACAAAAAUUUUUCACGAACACAGAGGGUGAGUGCAAGUUGUAGUCUUUUACAAAUUUACAAGUGCUUAUUUACACCCAAUUGCAUGAGAAAUAAUGUUACUUAGUAAAAAUUUACAUGAGAAACACAACAGAAAGUCGAGGGAUGAAACUUUGGCAGCAUGCUAUUUGCAGUUUGCACUCAAAUUACAACUUUGUACUUGUGUUACAUGAAAUAUGCACUCAUUUUCAGCCAAUCAGGCACAAUUUUUUUAAUGUAUUCUCUUACGCUGGUAAACUGAUGGGAAGUGCUGUAUUCUGCUGUUAUAAAAUAACUACAAAUUUUUUUAGUGCAGUAAAUGAUAGGUUUUGUACCAAUCAGGGCACUCAUAAGUCUCUUAAUUAAACAAUCAGACAGUUGUGAAAGGAAAUCUCUACUUGCAGUUUCCUGUAUAACCUGCCUAAGCUAGCAUAAAGAUUCUGACUCUCAAAGACAAACAUUCAUGUCAGUGGGUGCUGACCCUCAACCUAUCUGGCUUCAACUCUUUCUCUCUUCUCUGAGAACAGAAUGGAAAAUAGGGGUGCUGAUGUUUGGGUGUAAAGGGGUAAUUUCCUUCCUUUCACAAAAACCAAACUUUUUUCCAAACAUGUUGUUUUCUUCCCUUUAAUAUGCCUAUGGUAGCAACUGAGUAAUGUUGAAAGCAGCAUUUACUCCUUUUGACAAUUGUAUUUUCUUGGCAGUGGUAUAAUUGGUCUAUAAUUGAAAUCUUUUCAAUAAUGCCAAUGAGAUGUGAAGAGUUUCUUUGCAAAAUGGGUUAAAUUGUCAAUUGUAUUAAAUAAUGUUUAUCUUCCUAGCUGAUUCAAACUUCCCUGUAGUCAGAAGUCACCUCGUAGCAAAAAGCAGUUGCUCUUGCCAUAUGAGAUGACUACUGACUACAGGGAAGUAAUAGAAAUCAAAAUUUGACAGAUUGAGUGCCAUCGGCGAAAAAGAAUAUUGGUGUAACAACAAAAAUAAAAGUGAUGAUGAUGAUGAUGAUGAUGAUUAUUGUUAUUUUAUUUUAAUGUAUGCUAUCCUUGAUAGAUUUAUUAACUUUGAAAAUUUACCUUGACUUUUCUGUAUGAAUAAAAAUAUGUAAAGUAAUUUUGUGAAAAUAAACUUUGUCACCAGGAAUGAGAGGACACUGGGCUCCUGGAUGCCCACUCAGUCAUUAACUGCAGUAGUGGACAACUGAGCUGCUGUUCAGAUUGGUAGCCAGUACUGAGCCCUUAUGUACAGAUGCCAAAAACACAUAUAAAUGAAUUUACAUCGAUGGUUAUAAAAUUUACAAAGAUAAUACCUAAUUAAGAAACUAUGUAAGGAAAAUGCUUUGAAUGAAUUUCUGCACUGGAUGGAAAUGUGUAUUGAUGCUUCAGUUUCAACAUUGUUCUUGUUAUGGCUUUCAUAAUCUGAUUUGCAAAAAAAAAGGAAGCUGUCUACAGUAGAUUAUAAGUUAUCUCUUUCUGAUAAGAGUGUUAUUUAGUGUAAUAUUGUUAAUGAUUGGAGCAAUUCAGAGAGUGUUUAAGACAGAGUGGUGCACAUGUAAAUAUUUCCUUUGUGCAAUGUUUGUACCUGUUGGUAAAGUUAAAAUCUCUCUCCUGGUGGUAAUCUAAAGUUAUUGUAACUUGAAGAACUACAUUUUCAUGCCCUACUGAACUAUGUACACCUAAAGUGAACUUAUUUUCAGGAACUUAGAAGAGAAAUGUAGACAAAAUUGUAUGUGUAAGACCCCCUUUAACAGGGUGUGGUCAUCACUAGAUGUAGGCAGUCACACAGGGGGAUUAAGGUACAGACAGAUCAAGCCAAGUUCCUGAUCAAAUAUUUUGCUCAACUCUGUCCACUCUGUCAACCAUUCCCCAAUACUGCUUUUUUCCCCACCCUUCCUUCCCUUUCAAACAUAAAAACAAAAAAAGAAUAGAUAGUAAACUUCAAAAGUAACCAUUUGGAAAAAAUUCCAUUGGCUUGGCUGCCUUUGUACCCUAUGAAUCAACACUAUCACUGAAAAAACAUUUCUGGCAACUAAUAGGGCUUUAUUAAUUAGUUAAUUCAUUCAUUAAUUAAGCCUAAUUGACUUCUUACUACUGUAUGGAUUAUUAGUCUGUUCUAAAAGGUGGGGGUAUGUGCUGAUAUUGUAGCAGUUUUGCGUUCAAAAAUGGAAUAAGAUAGCUUAACCUUAUGUUGAACUUACAGAGUGUAUACAGUCCUUUCAUUAACACAGAGUGGUUUAUAACAAACACAAUAUUUAUAUUAUUGCUUUGUAAAUUCAUGUAACAUUGGGAGGG